AUGCCGUCUUCUCUGCUGGGCACGGCGACGCCCGCCCCAACGGCGGCCGCAGCCCUGCAGGAAGCGCUGGAAAAUGCCGGACGCCUCAUCGACCGCCAGUUACAAGAGGACCGCAUGUACCCGGACCUUUCCGAGUUGCUCAUGGUGUCCGCCCCAAGUAAUCCUACUGUUUCUGGAAUGUCAGAUAUGGAUUAUCCUUUACAAGGACCUGGUUUGCUGUCCGUACCUAACCUUCCAGAGAUCAGUUCCAUCCGAAGAGUUCCUCUUCCACCUGAGCUUGUUGAACAGUUUGGGCAUAUGCAGUGUAACUGCAUGAUGGGUGUAUUCCCUCCAAUCAGCAGAGCGUGGCUCACCAUUGACAGUGAUAUCUUCAUGUGGAACUAUGAAGAUGGAGGUGAUCUUGCCUAUUUUGAUGGACUUAGUGAGACUAUUCUUGCUGUGGGGCUUGUGAAGCCAAAAGCUGGUAUUUUUCAACCUCAUGUACGACACCUUCUGGUUUUAGCAACGCCUGUGGAUAUAGUGAUUCUUGGACUCAGUUAUGCUAAUUUACAAACAGGUUCUGGAGUUCUUAAUGACAGUAUGUCAGGUGGAAUGCAGUUACUUCCAGAUCCUUUAUAUUCUCUUCCCACUGAUAAUACGUACCUUUUAACAAUAACUUCCACCGACAAUGGCAGAAUUUUCUUGGCUGGAAAGGACGGCUGUUUAUAUGAAGUAGCAUACCAAGCAGAAGCUGGUUGGUUUAGCCAAAGAUGCAGGAAAAUAAACCAUUCAAAGAGUGCACUUUCUUUCCUCGUUCCUUCAGUGCUACAGUUCACAUUUUCAGAAGAUGAUCCUAUUGUUCAGAUUGCAAUUGAUAAUUCUAGAAAUAUUUUAUAUACACGAUCUGAGAAGGGAGUAAUACAAGUUUAUGAUUUGGGUCACGAUGGACAAGGAAUGAGCAGAGUUGCUUCUGUUUCACAGAAUUCUAUUGUCUCUGCUGCUGGAAACAUUGCACGGACCAUAGAUCGUUCUGUUUUUAAGCCAGUUGUUCAGAUAGCAGUGAUUGAAAAUUCCGAGUCACUCGAUUGUCAGUUAUUGGCCAUCACACAUACAGGUGUACGGUUGUAUUUCAGCACUUGUCCAUUCAGACAGCCAUUAGCGCGGCCCAAUACCCUGACCCUGGUUCACGUUCGCUUACCUCCUGGAUUUUCAGCAUCUUCAACUGUGGAAAAGCCAUCAAAAGUACAUAAAGCCCUUUAUAGUAAAGGCAUUCUCUUGAUGGCAGCCUCAGAAAAUGAAGAUAAUGAUAUUUUGUGGUGUAUCAACCAUGAUAUAUUUCCUUUCCAAAAACCAAUGAUGGAGACUCAGAUGACAACUCGUGUUGAUGGUCACUCCUGGGCUCUAUCUGCAAUAGAUGAAAUUAAAGUGGAUAAGAUAAUCACACCAUUAAAUAAGGAUCAUAUCCCAAUAACUGACUCACCAGUUGUUGUUCAGCAGCACAUGUUGCCGCCAAAGAAGUUUGUUCUCCUCUCUGCGCAGGGGAGUCUUAUGUUUCAUAAACUUAGACCCGUAGAUCAGCUGAGGCAUCUCCUUGUGAGUAAUGUGGGUGGAGAUGGAGAAGAGAUUGAAAGAUUCUUUAAAUUGUACCAGGAAGACCAGGCUUGUGCAACAUGCCUUAUCCUUGCAUGCUCCACUGCUGCCUGUGACAGAGAAGUGUCUGCCUGGGCAACUCGAGCUUUCUUCAGGUACGGCGGUGAAGCACAGAUGAGAUUUCCAACCACUCUUGCCCCUCCAAGUAAUGUGGGUCCCAUCUUGGGGUCUCCUGUUUAUCCUAGUUCUCCUUUACCAAGUAGUCCAUAUCCAAAUCCAGCCUUUCUGGGAACACCACCUCAAGGUUUGCACCCUUCUUCAAUGUCUACACCACUGUCUGCUGCAGUACACCCAGCAACCCAGCCCACAAGCCUGAGCUGUAUGGCCGGACCAGAGAUGGUUUACUCUGGAAAACACAAUGGUAUUUGCAUUUACUUUUCUCGGAUUAUGGGAAACAUUUGGGAUGCUAGUUUAGUUGUGGAGAGAGUAUUCAAGAGUGGCAACCGAGAGAUCAUUGCUAUUGAAAGUAGUGUUCCUUCCCAGUUGCUGGAAUCAGUGUUACAAGAACUAAAAGGUUUACAAGAAUUUCUAGACAGAAACUCCCAGUUUGCAGGAGGGCCAUUAGGAAAUCCAAAUACUACUGCAAAGGUGCAACAGAGGCUGAUGGGGUUCAUGCGUCCUGAAAAUGGCAAUUCCCAGCAGAUGCAGCAAGAGCUGCAGAGGAAGUUUCAUGAAGCGCAACUGAGUGAAAAAAUUUCACUUCAAGGAAUUCAGCAACUGGUUCGAAAAUCAUACCAGGCUCUGGCUUUAUGGAAACUUCUGUGUGAACAUCAAUUCACUGUCAUUGUAGGAGAACUUCAGAAGGAAUUCCAGGAGCAGUUGAAGAUCACCACCUUCAAAGAUCUGGUAAUCAGGGACAAAGAACUGACAGGAGCAUUAAUUGCUUCUCUUAUUAACUGCUACAUCAGAGAUAAUGCUGCUGUUGAUGGUAUUAGUUUACAUUUACAAGAUAUCUGCCCUCUUCUAUAUAGCACGGAUGAUGCAAUUUGUUCUAAGGCAAAUGAACUGCUUCAACGUUCCCGACAAGUUCAAAAUAAAAUUGAAAAGGAAAGAAUGUUAAGAGAAUCAUUAAAGGAGUAUCAGAAAAUCAGCAAUCAAGUGGACCUUUCUAAUGUUUGUGCUCAGUAUAGACAAGUGCGUUUUUAUGAGGGUGUGGUGGAGCUGUCUCUCACUGCUGCUGAGAAAAAAGAUCCUCAGGGGCUUGGACUUCAUUUCUAUAAGCAUGGAGAGCCAGAAGAAGACCUGGUGGGACUUCAGGCUUUCCAAGAAAGAUUAAAUAGUUAUAAGUGCAUUACAGACACACUGCAAGAACUGGUAAAUCAAAGUAAGGCUGCUCCUCAGUCUCCCAGUGUACCCAAAAAACCUGGUCCUCCAGUGUUGUCAUCUGACCCCAAUAUGUUGAGUAAUGAAGAAGCAGGUCAUCAUUUUGAACAAAUGCUUAAAUUGGCCCAGCGAUCCAAAGAUGAACUGUUUAGUGUUGCCCUUUAUAACUGGCUGAUACAAGCUGACCUUGCAGAUAAGCUACUACAGAUUGCUUCUCCAUUUCUGGAGCCUCAUCUGGUCCGAAUGACAAAGAUUGAUCAAAACAAAGUUCGUUAUAUGGACUUACUCUGGAGGUAUUAUGAGAAGAACAGAAGUUUUAGUAAUGCUGCUCGUGUCUUGUCAAGGCUGGCUGAUAUGCAUAGCACAGAAAUUUCACUUCAGCAGCGCCUAGAAUACAUUGCUCGAGCUAUUCUUAGUGCCAAAAGUUCCACUGCCAUUUCAUCAAUAGCUGCAGAUGGUGAAUUCCUUCAUGAAUUGGAAGAAAAAAUGGAAGUUGCUAGGAUCCAGCUUCAGAUACAAGAGACACUACAAAGGCAGUGUUCCCAUCAUUCUUCUGUGCAGGAUGCAGUUUCUCGGUUGGAUUCUGAGCUAAUGGAUAUAACUAAGCUUUAUGGGGAGUUUGCUGACCCAUUUAAACUUGCAGAGUGUAAGCUUGCAGUAAUUCAUUGUGCUGGUUAUUCAGACCCUAUAUUGGUACAGACACUUUGGCAAGAUAUCAUAGAGAGGGAACUUAGUGAUAGUGUGACAAUGAGCUCCCCAGAUAGAAUGCAUGCUCUUAGUCUCAAGAUUGUGCUCCUUGGCAAAAUUUAUGCUGGCACACCUCGUUUCUUUCCUUUAGAUUUUAUUGUACAAUUCUUAGAACAGCAAGUUUGCACUUUGAACUGGGAUGUUGGCUUUGUAAUACAAACAAUGCAUGAAAUUGGAGUGCCAUUACCUAGACUACUGGAAGUGUAUGAUCAGUUAUUCAAAUCACGGGAUCCAUUCUGGAACAGAAUGAAGAAGCCUCUUCACCUUCUAGACUGUAUACAUGUAUUGUUAACAAGAUAUGUUGAGAAUCCUAGCCAAGUUCUAAAUUAUGAGAGGAGAAGAUUCACAAAUCUCUGCCUGGACGCUGUUUGUGGUUACCUGGUUGAGCUCCAGUCUAUGAGCUCUUCAGCAGCAGUACAAGCCAUUACAGGGAACUUCAAGUCUCUUCAGGCUAAACUAGAGCGGCUUCACUAAUUACUGUAAUGUAUUUUCAUCCCUUUGUUUUAAACUGUAAAAUAAAAGCUCAUUUGGGUCC